AUGAGAGAUAUUCAAAAAAAAAUGUUUAUAUGCUCAUCACAUUGUUGUGAGGACAAUUCAAUUAGUCGAGAGGAAGUAGAAACUUGCAUCGAUCGUUGUAACGCUUCUAUGAAAAAAAUUCAAAAUGUCAUCGAAAAAGAACUUACUGCAUUCCAAGGUCAGUUAAGUCGAUGUGCCUUAUCAUGUUACGAUAGGUUGGUACAGAAAUAUGGCCCUGAGCCAGAAAAAUAUAAAGCGGAAGAGACGGCCUUAUUUUCUUCACAACUUGAAAAAUGUGUCUCGACUUGUGCAGAUGAUCAUGUGAAAUUGCUGCCUCAAAUAAAAGAACGGAUUCUUAAAAAUAUUUGA